UGCGUGCGCGCAUCUCACUGUUGCGUGUAAUCCUCUUUGCUUAACACUUCCUCACCUAUACAUUUGUAACGCAUGAGGACAUCUGCAACUCCUUCAUGGGUGACACUCUCCUCCUCGUCGUGGCUCCAUCUGGGACGCAGCUGGAGGUGCUGCUGCCAGAGAAGGGCCAGACGGGUCCCAAGAACUACCAGGUGAACCUGCGCAGCAAGGUGGCUCCCAUCAACGUCACCCUGAUUAACCAGGACUCGGACCGCAGCGCCCCCGUGGUCUUCCCCGUGCCUCCCACGGACGUGAUCUGCCCCCUGUUGACGCCGCCCCUCGCGCUGUCCGCCGGCUCGCAGCGUCUCUCCCUCUCCACGGCUGCCGGCUCCUCCUUCUGCGGCCAGGACUUGCUCAACUCGGACCAGCAGAUAGCGCUGGCCGAGCGCGACGGCGCGCUCAGGUCGGCGUUCCCACUUUCGCCCAUCGGGUGUCCCAAUCAGCCGACGACUGUUUUGGAGCUGGAGCAGAUGGACUUUGCUGGCCCAGAGUUCCAGUGUGCGCUGGGCAUGAGCGGCCUGCUGAGGCACAGUAGUGUCGGGGAGCACAUGACCGAGGACAGCGACGCUGUUGGAUUCAUUGAUGAGCUGCUGUCUACUGAUGGCAUGGACUACGGCUUCACCCUGGAUGACGGCAGCGUGUGCGACGUGUUUGAUGUGCGGGCCCUCAACUACUAACGAAUGAAGCUGAAGGAGCACGCCUCCAUUCUUUCCUCGGACUCUUUUUGGACUUUCAACAAGUUAUUUAUGAAGUUAGCGGGCCUCCAUUUGAAGUCCGUUGAAGGUUUACAGGGUAAAAACGCCUGCGGCAUUGGGGACUGUGACAGUAUUGGAAAUAUUUUUCGCCCUCCGCAAAAUGUCGCCCGUGCACCUCGUUUGCGUUGGCUUAUUUAUUGCAUGUAGCUUGUGCUGGGAAUCCCAAAUGAAUGUGCCACUGCCAUUGUAGGCCUCGUUGUUUCGCUUUCGUUACGUCUUUGUUUUGGAUUUGACUCAUCGUUUCAAGUCCUUAAAAAGCAAUCGUUGUUGAUGCCGAAUCUGCCUUAUUUGUCAUAUCAUUGGCCCCAUUUUUAUUUUUUUUCCAUCUCUGUUGCCAGUGAACUUGAUUGCCAGAAUUCUUGAUUUUCUCAUUUUGGGCAUUUUUUUCAAAUCUCUCUUUUUCUCAAUGCAUUUUUGAAAUCUCAA